AUGAAGCUGACACAUAUUUGUCUUGAUUGUGUUUCUUUCUUGCAGAGUAUUGCUGAAGUAUUUAGAUGUUUCAUUUGUAUGGAAAAAUUGCGUGAUGCACGCCUGUGUCCACAUUGCUCCAAGCUAUGUUGUUUCAGUUGUAUUCGGCGUUGGCUGACGGAACAAAGAGCUCAGUGCCCACAUUGUCGAGCUCCACUUCAGUUGCGAGAACUUGUCAAUUGUCGUUGGGCAGAGGAGGUGACCCAACAACUUGACACGCUCCAGUUAUGUAAUCUGAGCAAGCAUGAAGAAAACGAAAAAGACAAGUAUGUAGAUUUAAAUGGCCGGUUGACUGAUGGGUUUGUAAUGUAUUGCCCCUAA